GACACAACCUAAAGCGGGAACCUUAUUCGUACCAUGAAUGACCUUUUUAAGGUGGAGAAUUGUGCGAGAAGGGGGGAUAAGCUGAGUGUGAUCGAAUCAUGCAGUAUCACACACCACGGAGCCUUGAUGCAUUAAUCACAUCAGACUCGAGGGCAGUGGUUCUGGGCCUUGAUGGGAGGGGAAGAAGACCCAUGGAUGUAUCAAGAGCUGAUGGUGGUGGGAAGGGAGGACUAUUGAACUCUAAAAGCGGGUCAAUUGAAGCAGCAUCUACCUCAAGUGGUGAUGGAGGGAGGGAAGAUAGAGUCGCAGGAGAAGUGUUGAUAGAGAAAGAGAAAGAGAGAGAGCUGGGACGAUGGAUGGUGACAACAUGGGACAGACAAUACGGUACUGAUACCGCCACCGGUAGGUUGCAGCCAACCAACCUUAAGUUUUGCAAGUGUGUGAAUCAUCGGCUGGUCCGCGCUCCCGCGGCCCACACUUUCUGUCUCUUCAUGCCAUUUCCAUCUUCUCUCAUUUGCUCCAUUGCCCUGCUCUUUUUUUUCUUUUCUCGCUUGUGCCUUGCUCGCUUUCUCUUUGACCCCCGAUUUCGCUUCGGUUGUCUUCUCCCCGUUUGACUCAUCUCCAUUGCACACUUCCUGGCCCUUCUAGACCCCUUAUAAAGGCUGUAUUGCUGUCCUCUUCCAUCACUCUUCCUCUUUCUUCCUUUCCCCUCAUACAGAAUAAUCCCUUCCACACAGCCAAUCUCCCCCCACCAUGCCUUUGAUCAGCACCACAGAAGUCAAUGAGGACACUCGCGGUUAGUAAACAAACCUCAUUUUCAGUGCCAAUGAGCCUGUACUGAUUUGUCAAACCAUUUAGUCCUG